GAACUCUCACGUGAUCCCAGCUCUGACGUUCGUUUUCGAGCUUUAAACACUCACAGAGCUAAAGCUCACUUAGAAAUCCGAAUCCCUCAAUUGGACCGAAGAAAUCGACCGACCUUCUCCAAUCCCACCACCUUAUUCGAAGCAACGCUUCCGAACCCAGUAUCGCGCAGCACAGGCAACUACGUACAAAAGCCCACGCACACACCGACAGACAGACCGAUAGACACAGCAGAAAGAAAAAAACGCCAUGCGGUCGUCGUUACGACUCCUCGCGGCCGUCAAGCCGGGCGCGCGGUACCUCGAGCCGGGCGUACCGACGGGGCUGACCGGAAUAUGGACGCACGUGGCGCCGCGGUCGGCGCUACUGUUCUGGUACGCGCGGACGCUGGAGAAACUCCAACAGUUCCCCGAGGCGUCGCUGUACCGGCAGUCGGUGGAGGCGCUGACGCGGCACCGGCAGGCCGUCGUCGCCGCCGUCGAGCCCCCCGGCCACGCCGAGUGGGAGGCCAAGGUGCGGCAGAUCGUCGAGUCGCAGCCCGACGAGUCCUUCCCCGUCCGCAGCACGGGCCCGCCGCAGGGCGGCCCCGCGGCGGGGCCCGCGACGAUCCUGAAGCAUAGGGUUAAUGACGAUUUGUUCCUGCAUGAGGUUAGUCGGAAGAGGGUCGAUAAGCGGUAUGAGGAGUGGGAUGGCGAGGCGGAUGAGGGGCCGGGCUCGGAGGGGCUGAAGGGCCCGGAGGAUAGGCAGGAUUUUGAGAAGAUUUUCCGUGAGCCGCGCGAGAGGCCUGGUGAGGGCGUGCCGUGGGAGUCGGAGCCCCAGUUGACUGCUGAUCAGAUUGAGGAGAUCGAGAACAAGCUAGGGAGUGGCUUGAUUGAGGAAGUAAUAAAGCUGGCCGAGAACGAGUGCAAGCUCGUGGAUAUCAUGUACGAGAACAAGGUAUGGGAGGACCUAGAGGAGAAGCCGGCCGAGGGUCAAUGGACGUACUUCGAACGACACAACACCGAAUAAGGGGCUUCACAUCUCUCGGCGUGAGAUGCCGUUCCAAAAUUCCGCGAAUUUGCCUCCAUGUGCCGUUACAGAGCACAUGUACAGUAUAGAGGGAAACCCUUGUACAUAUGAAGUAUGAAUUAGAUUAUGAAACGUCUUUAAAGAUACCUAAAU